AUGAUUGCAUGCGUGUCAGAUAUGCAGCAAGUGGGAAAUGUGGAUCCUGGACCGACGGUUGGUACACAGUUGACGCGGCAGCCGGUUCAUCGAUCCACGCUGCUUUGGGAGACGCCAGCCGGUCAGGUAGUGCCAGGCGUGCUAAACUGCAGACGCCGAAGUUGCAAGUUACCCGAGCAUGGGCUUGACCCACGGAUUGCUCGGUACAUAAAUGAGGCGGGUUUUGAAGGGUUAUUCAAGGUUCCAAACUUGGAAGUGGAUCAUGCGUUGAUCACAGCACUAGUUGAGCGUUGGCGUCCGGAGACGCACACAUUCCACCUACCGCAUGGAGAGAUGAGCAUCACCUUACAAGAUAUUGAGGUGAUGCUAGGGGUUCCUGUUGAUGGGUUGCCAAUUACUGGGGCUGUGAAGAUGGAGUGGCCUACGUUGUGUCUUGAGUUAUUGGGUCAUCGUCCACCAGACCCGAUACCGCAUCCCCAUGAGAACACCUCUAUCCUUGCUGGGGCGAGGCUCAGAUUCACGUGGCUGGAUGCACUAUUUAGUGGUCCCCUAGCUGCGGAUGCUACUGAUGAGGUAGUGCAGCAACAUGCGCGCUAUCACAUACUCGAUCGGUUGGGGACGAUUUUGUUUAUGGAUAAGUCGGCAGACCGGGUGUCGGUGCUGCCUCUACAGUUCCUAAACCCAAUCAGCAACGCGAAGAGGUACAGUUGGGGUAGUGGGGCAUUAGCCUGGUUGUAUAGGCACUUAUGCAAGGCAUCGGAGUCGAAGGCGAAGCAGAUUGGAGGAGCAGUGAUGUUGGUGCAGCUGUGGGCGUAUUCGAGGUUCCCACUGAUAUGCCCUGUUAUGAGGUUGCCACUACCGCCAGUGGAGGCAGGUCCCUUUGCCAAUCGAUAUACUCAACAAAUUAGUCAGGUCGACCAUAUGAACUCUUUUUUGCUGGUUGUUUGGGAGCCCUACAGCGAUGUCCUAGGGUUGUUGCCCCCAUAUUGCACUGCCGGCCGACAAAUAUGGAGGGCCGAUGUGCCAUUGAUCUAUUUUUGGAUAGUAGAGGAUCAUCAUCCCGAACGUGUCUUUCGUCAAUUCGGGAUGAAGCAAGUGGCACCGGAUAUUGUAGAUACGUCCGUUCAUCUCCACAAAAUCUCCCUCCAAGGUAAACUAGAUAAGGAUUGGGUGCAAGAGCAUGCUGUCUACAUUGACCGAUGGGCCCAUAGAGAGGAACAUAUUGCUGACGCACCGGCAUUGGAUGGGGACACGACAUACCUUGCUGCUUACAUGGAGUCGUACCGAAAGACGACGAGACGGUACAUUACACGCGACUCGGCGUAUUGGGAAAUCAUGGUUGAGUCCACUGUGGAAUUACUAUUGCAAUGCGAACCAAACUCCGCAGUGUACAAUCACCUGAAGAGGACGCUGGACCUUGUCGGAGAGAUGAGCCGAGGGGCAUUGGAGAAUGCGCGUGCCACGGUGACUGAGGCGAGCACACAGGCUACAGGCCGUGGUGGGGGAGGUCGUGGGUCUAGAGGGCGUGGACGCAGUGGAGGUCGUGCAUACAGUGGAGGUCGUGGAGGUGGUCACGAGGAUGACGAUGUCUUCGGUAACUUCCAACUCUAA